UGUUAGACAGGUUAUCCAAAGAAACAAGGCAACUUCAUAUUUCAGUUAUAAUAGCAAACAGGUGAGUGGGUGGGGCCAUCAUACCAGAAGCAAGGCAGAUCUCAAUAUCUGUCAUUCUUAGCCAGCAACAAAAAGACUACAGGCGAACUGUGUACAGGCAACUACCAGAAAAUGUUUAAAAUUACUUACAAGGAUGACUGGACAACUAAACGAAGAUCAACUGCUUAUGCUGAAGAUGCAAAGAGAAAACAAUUUGAUAAAGCACAACAAGAAAAACAAGAAAUGCAGAGAGAACUUGAAGACUUAAGAAGACGUGUUCAAGUGUAUGAGAAGAGCAAGACUAACACAGAAAAACUAAUCCAAGAAAAUAAAGCUUUACAAAAAGAGCUCAAUGAAUGUAAAAAGAGGUGCAAAACCAUGGCUCUAAAACAAAUGCGUUUCAGUGGGGUUACAUCUGAAAAUCUUAAUGAUCCAUACAGAGAGACUGAGCUUGUGAAGAUGUACGAUAAUCUGAAACAGUCUUGGUUGGUACUAAGACAAAAAGCACUUCAAUCAAGGAAAAGAACAUCUGAGGAAAUCAAUAUUCUUGGUGCACAAAUCCUGCAGAAAUCUUUCCAGGUUUCCCAUGAUUAUAUAAAUAAAAUAAUGGAUAGUAUUCAGCAAUUGUUGUUACUUGACCCUUGCGAUUCCCAAGAUGGAAAAUUUCAACAAGUGUGUAAGUACAACAAACAAAUCCUCCAAAAGCAACUGAUUUUCCGUGGUAGAAGUUCCUACCAAGAUGAAUUAAAGAUAAUCUGCAUAGGUCAUAAUUUACAGAACCCUGGAGACAGCUGCUUUCAAGACUUUGUGGCGGAGUGUUUCAAAGUUGCAAGUUUAAUGUUCCUUCAUGACCCUGCACUCUCACCAAAUUGGAACAUUCCACGACAAAAGGACAGAAUGAUAUUCCCUGCAAUCACCAAUGGCUGCAGUGAACUUUACCCUGCAGAAAUUGUUUCAUAUAGUCUGGACAAAAAGUAGGAGCAAAUAUAUAAAAGGUAUACAGUCAGAUGUCUUGAGUGAAGACAAACAGCCUUUAGUUUAUAAAUUUCCUUUCAAUAGGUAACACCCUCUGAAAUAUGAAGGUGUACCACAAAUUAUUUUUUAUUCCUUACCACAGAAGCACUGACAGAUUACAAGACUUGCUUGAGGCCACAAAGUCAUUGAAACAACAACCUUUUGCUUUAAAGUUCUCUGAUUUUGUCACUAAAUCACACAAAAUGCAUAUAUUCUAAAUCUGGUCUGAUUGAUGUAUCAUGAAGCCAAGGACAUGUACAAGGAAAUUCUACUGCAAUUGAUCAAAUAAAUAGGCAGUGAUUAUUAUAUAUCACAAGUGAUAAUUAUGUUUUGACAGCUUCUGUCUCACAUUGCUCUAGUAAUUCUACAUUGUUACCAAAAUAUAUUUCUUCAGAAACUAAUGUUACAUUUUCUUUUAUAUAUGUAAUUAUUAUUUGUGGCCUGGCUAAUAACUGAGUAGACUGCAAUAACAAAAGGAAUAAUUCUAAACUAAAGAUUUACAAAAGUGCAUGUUUUAAACACAGUAAGUGUCCACAUAGAAAGGUGAAAAAGCAUGAGUUAUAGUUUUGAUAAAAAUGGAAAAAGCCUUUCGCUGCAGAAAUAGGUCAGUUAGUUGUUUUUCUUGUUUAAUUACACAUUUUGUUUAAUGUGAUCAAGUCCAAGUUUAAUAUGAAAGCAAAAAUUCUGCAUUCUUAAUGGGUCAGGGACACCAUUUUAAACCUCAAAGCUCCCCACUCUCAGAUGCCACUAUAUUUUAAAACAUGGAUAGUGUAAGAGGACAACGGGCAUCCUAACUGGGAAGGAGGGUGUUUUUUACCCGGAUGGGAAGCCAGAGCAGAAGGACACAUGGAUUGGCUGGUGGGGCAAGAAAAUAACUUUGUGUCUGACAUUUAUCAAAUAACGGAUGGAUCAACGAUAGCUAGGAAUCAGGAGCAAUCCCAUCCAGUAUAUGCUAGGUGGCGGUAGUCCUCACAUGAAAUCCCACUUGGGACACCCACAGGGGUACUUGGGAUAUGGAGUUCGGAAGUGAAGCCCUGUCAGAGUCCCUGGGGAUUGAUAGAGGGAGGACAUCCAUACUUUUUCAAUGGCCCGAAAGUGCUUUCAGGAAGACACUGCAUUGCACUAGAAGCCUUUGUUUUGAAAGUGACCAGUUUUUGACACAAGUAUAAUGGAGUAAAGUGAAAUCCACACAAAACAUGCUGCAAUAUUUUUAGGGAGUGUUUCUAAAGUGUGUGCAGUAGUGGAUUGGUGUUAAUGCUGUCUCAUGAAAAUUGAUCAAAUAUGUUAAUGCAAAGUCGAUAUGUCUCAGAUUAAAAUGUGUAUACGCAUUCCACUGCUGAAAAAGCAAAUAA